CCGGGCGCAGGCGCGGCCCCGCCCCAAGGGAAGCGGAAGCGCCGCUCGGACUGCAGUGAGUUUUGGAGAGAACAGCCAUGGGCGUUAGAGGUUUGCAGGGAUUUGUGUCGAGAGUUUGCCCUGAUGCGUGCAAAACAGUAGAUCUGAAAGAAAUGGCAGAAAAACAUCGUGUCAAUCAUCCUGAUUUCCCACCUGUUAUUGUAGUAGAUGCCAUGAGUUGUGUUAGAUACUGGUACACACCAGAAUUUUGGGUGUGUGGUGGCCAGUGGCGGGAGUACCUUGCCGUUUUAGAGGAUUUUGUUAACGUUUUUAUGGCAGCUGGUAUCAAGUUGGUGUUUUACUUUGAUGGAGUGGUAGAAGAGAAAAAGAGAGAGGAGUGGAUCAAACGGAGGUGGAAUAAUACCAAGGAAAUAGCCAGACUAUUUCAAUUUAUUAAGACUCACAGGAAACAACCAGGCAGAGAAAUGUUUGUUCUUCCCUCAGCUUUACCUACUUUUACACGUUAUGCCCUGAAGUCACUUGGUCAAAAAACAGUAUGCACGUUGCAAGAGGCAGACUUUGAGGUGGCUGCAUAUGGUUUGCAACACAACUGCAUAGGAAUUCUGGGGCAAGAUAGUGACUACCUCAUCUAUAAUACAUGUCCCUACUUUUCCAUUGAGAACCUCCGUUUGGACAGACUGGUCACUGUUAUGUACUCUCGAGAGGAACUUUGCAAUGUGCUGGGUAUUAGUUUGACACACCUCCCUCUCUUUGCUGCCUUGCUUGGCAAUGAUAUUGUUCCAGAAAGCUUGUUGGAAGGCUUUUGGCACAAAUGUUUAACCACCAGUCCCCACAAGAACAACAGCUACAACAGAAGAACAAAAAUACUUCUAGGUGUAGCAAAUUACAUCUCAAAAAUUCCGUGCUCAUACAGCAGCCUGAAACGCUUGGAAGACAUGCUACCCCUGGGAUCAGACAAAACGUUGCUUUACAGAGGAGUAAAGUCCUAUCUUUUGCCUGGGCAACAGUCUCCAUGGAUUCCCCCCAACGUGACAAAUUGUCAAAUGUUAUCUCUUCAGCAGCAAUCAGCCAUCUGUCAAGAUAAAGAAAUCUUUCAGUUAGCUAAAGAACAGCAUAUCCAAUCUGAAAAUUAUUCAGUCUUCAAUAUCCUGAGUAAUGGAGUUAUUGAGUGCAGCAACUCUUUGGAAGAUGAUUCUGAUACAGAAAUUCCUGGACAGUCACUUAUCUACCGCCCUGCUCGUCAGCAUAUUUAUUCUGUCUUGUUGGAAUCUGGAAAAGGUGGAGCCUAUCCUUUGAUAAAAGAGUGGUUUGUCUAUUUUGGAAAUCCUCUCAAGCAACCGGAGCUAAUACAACCUGUACAACCUUGUGUUCCAGGUGGAACACCUAAUUUGAAAACACUGUGGCUUGCCAAAGGACCUGAUGUGGAAAAGCAACGGUAUAGUACGUUUCUGGCAUGCUUUCACCUUCAGGAUGAGAUGGAAGAACUCCAAGCUCUAGAAGCACCUGUUGCAGGAUUCUGUUGCUUGCUGACCUAUCUUAUGAUGCAGGUCAAUAGCCUCUCUCUGGAGGACUUAAAUGCAUUUGUGGCACUCAUUCUCUGCCUCAAAGGGAAGUCAGCUGCUCAACUGGCAGGUCUGCAGCUUGCAGAAGUAGACUCCAGAGCUGUACAUCUUGGCGCUGUCUUGGUUCGUGGCCUUACAACAUUGCUCAUGGCCAAUAGCGCCUGUGGCUUUCCAUUCAGAAUGGAUGAUUUGAUGCCGUGGACAGUGUUUGAUGGAAAACUUUUUCAAGAAAAAUACCAGCAGUCGCACCGAGGUUGCUCUGUGGAAGAGCUUUUGGAAGGCAAUGAGUCUUUGUAUACACCCUUCCAGAAUCUGAAGUCUUUCAUUUGCAAGGUUUGCAUGGCAAAGAAAAGAGUGAUACAGAGCAGACCAAGAGGGAAUGGAUUUAACACAGGAAGAGAACAAAGAGAUUUUAAUCCCAGAUUCCAACAACCACGCAGAAGUCAUUUUGUUUCUCCAUAUCAUAACCAGAUGAGGGGGUUCAUACAGAGAAAUCCUCAAUCACAAGGUGGGCGAUCAGGACACCCAGACCGGAGGAGAUUUCACCUUCCUCCUCGGUAAAGAAUACAUGUCUACAGGUGGCAAACUGAGAUGAUGGGAUAGUUACCUUUGAGAUAAUUUUUGUUUAUGAGAGCAUCUUUUUAUGAACUUUGUACAAAUAACUGAACCACGUAAUUGUGGAGGAAAUCCCUCAAAGCUGAGGCUGUUCACCUUGUUAAUCACUUUUCAUGUUUGCUCUCAUUUUAUGAGACCAGAAUCACUAAAACUUAAGUUACGGGUACCUGAGGCACAUUAACAUCCCAGUACAGCUACAUGGUUUUGUCCAUUAGACAAUAGAAAGUCUGAAGUGUUUUUUACAACACUGUAACACUGUUAGAUAUUUCUGAGUGUAAAUUUAGGACCUAAACUAUGAUUUUUUCGUAUUUUUCUUAUAUUUGUUUAUCUUACAAGACUUUCCCCACUCGGAAUAAUGUGUCAUGUUCGUGCUGUAUGUGGUUUGUGUAUUAAUUGUGGAUUAUAUCUGUAUCUUAAGGGUUAUACCAUUGUUACUGAAACCUGUAGAAAAGUUUGAAACAUGCCAUCAGGGAUGUAAGCAUCAUCUACCAGUGAAACAAUAUCACCUUUUUGUAAAAAUGUAACUUUCUUACAAGAGACAAAAAUUGAUAUUACAUUUGGUACUUCCAGUUAAGCUAGUUUUUCUAUCUUUGUCAAGUGACGAGAGAAAGAAUCUAUAAUGUUUUACUUCUGUAAUGAAUAAUACUUCUGAGAGCUAUAUUUAUUUUCUGUCCAAAUUCUAAUUCAAACACCUAUCUUCAGAAUUAUUUCUUAAAAAUUGAUAGAUUUCACUUUGUGAUUCAAUUUCAGUGAUAUAUGUAUUUCUUUAAUUUUAAAAUUAAUACAUUUAAAAUAUUAUUAAAAUGAAUUAAUUUUAAAUAGAGUAUAAACAAUACUAAAGAAAUGUAAAAUAACAGAGCACGUGCAAUUUUUAUCAACAUAUAAGAUCAUAGAAAGCAUGUGACACACUUAGAACUGUGUUUCUUUCUUUACUGAUCUGCAGCUCAGUUGAAGCACCUCCAUCUACAUAGACUUCAACAAUUUCAUGCUUUUCUUAGAUUUCUAGCAAACUUUGAACAGACUUGGUUCAAGUGGAUGUUUAUGGAACUGUUGUUUUUUCAUCUGUGUAUGUGCUUUGGAAUCACAAUGUCUUUAGUUUUGUAUUUCAACGUUUUCAGUACAAUAAAUUAUACAGUAACUCCUUCUCACAUGGGAGGUAAAUGAUGAAAGAAAAACAGGAAGUACAAAAGAUGCAUGGAGCUCCUGGAGCAAGUCAAGCAAGAACUGUAAAGAUGAUUAAAGGAUUGGAAAAUCUCUCUCCAAAUCAAAGGUUGAGAGAGUUGGACCUGUUCAACCUCGAGAAGAGAUGAGUGAGAGGGGACCUCAUCAGUGUGUAUAAAUAUCUAAAGGGGGGGUGCCAGGAGGAUGGAGCCAGGCUCUUCUUGGUGGUGCCAAGCAAUAGGAC